GUAGAGAUGGUUGGAAUACCCCUCAGGGCUGAUGUAGAGAUGGUUGUAAUGCCCCUCAGGGCUGAUGUAGAGGUGGUUGUAAUGCCCCUCAGGGCUGAUGUAGAGAUGGUUGGAAUGCCCCUCAGGGCUGAUGUAGAGAUGGUUGUAAUGCCCCUCAGGGCUGAUGUAGAGAUGGUUGUCAUGCCCCUCAGGGCUGAUGUAGAGAUGGCUGGAAUGCCCCUCAGGGCUGAUGUAGAGAUGGUUGUCAUGCCCCUCAGGGCUGAUGUAGAGAUGGUUGUCAUGCCCCUCAGGGCUGAUGUAGAGGUGGUUGUCAUGCCCCUCAGGGCUGAUGUAGAGGUGGUUGUAAUGCCCCUCAGGGCUGAUGUAGAGGCGGUUGGAAUGCCUCUCCGGGCUGAUGUAGAGAUGGUUGUAAUGCCCCUCAGUGCUGAUGUAGAGAUGUUCGUCAGACCUCUUCGCUCCAUGUCGUGUUUGUGCUUCUUCAACUGCAGAUGAAAAGAUAUUCAACUCUUAAGACAAUAUAACCUUCUGGUUCUGGCUUCAUCAGUCAUAUUUCUUUCUAGAUUUCUUCUACUCAACCACUAGAUCAUCAUCAUGAAGGACGACGUCGCCAACAGCACUCACCCAGCCUCUUGACUCCAUGUGUGUCUGUACUGUCAUCGUCAUGAAGGACAGUGUGGUCAACAACAACAGCAUCUCCCACGCCAGGAAAGCUGUGGAACAACUCAAGAUGGAGUCUUGUAUGGACAGGAUAAAGGUCACCAAAGCAGCAGCGGAUCUGAUGGUGUAUUGUGACGCCCACAUACGUGACGACCCCCUCAUCGUGCCCGUGCCCGCCUCGGAGAACCCCUUUAGGGAGAAUAAGUUAUUCUGCACCAUCCUCUGAUGCCCAGUAGGGGGCAGACCAGCAUUAGGCCGGGCCCUGGUUCAGGUGUGGAAUAACGCCUGGCGUCUCCUCUUCUGUCUUCACCGUACCUGAAGCUAACAAAACGCUGUGAAAGUAACCAGGAAGUGAAUGCCCUUUCAGCCUUGUAGUUUUUCAACUUUUGUAUUUUUUUUUUAAUGGUCUUCAAGCGCAAAAAACGUACAUACAUUUUCUUCAUUACAAAGAAUCUUCAUAAAAGGCAUCUGGUAGAAGUAAAUUCAAUCUUGAAGCCCAUUCAAAGCCCAGUAUCCGGAAGUAAAGCGGCAGUAGUCCUCUUUAACAGCGAACUAACUUACCCACGUUACUACCGCUGUAACAUCCACCUAGCUACUGUUGAGUUGGGUUGAGGUUGCCAGGUGGACACUGUGUUGUUGGGCAGCUCUGUCCCAGGUGGCUGCAUUGGGGAGGGUUUACAUACCUUUCCAUCUGGCAACCCAGUGACCGCGUCUGCGUGUUAGUCUCCAGUGUCGUUUCAUUGGUUGGUUUGUUACAGCUCCUUUGUUGUUAGAGAGAAGCCUUCAUUAGUACUUUAUGAUAACAUGAUGAGAUUAUAUUUUUAUUAACAUGUCUUUUGUUUUUGUUUACACUAGCUUAUUUUAUUUACAAUCCUCAGGAAACAAACACAAACCGUGGGAAUGUUUUUUUAAAAUCUAUUUCUAAAGCCCAGUAUUUUAUAUAGGAUCGAACCAACAUACCAUAUAGCAUGUUAGUC